GUUGUGAUAAACUUAUUAAAUAGGUUAAUGUUACCAAAAACUUUGGCCUGUCGAUCUUUCAUGGCUACUGACUGCUACAAUUCGUCGUGGAGGGAGUGAGAAUGGGCAACAAGCAUGCUCGAGCAAAAAAUGCUUCAUUCAAUCAGCUGGCUGGUGAUCUAAUGUGUCCCAUUUGCUUCGAUGAACACGAUAUAAGAGGACUUCCCUGUGGACAUUUCUUUUGCCAUGAAUGUCUCUUUGUUAUUUAUCAAAGACAUGGUAUUGUGACAUGUCCUUUCGAUAGAUUGACCGCAGACAAACUUCCGAUUGAUUUGCCCACCAUCCAGGACUUGAAAUUGAACAAAAUAGAUUUUAUACUGUACCAAGAGCUGCUGCGCUUCCCACAUUACAAAAACUGGAUUUCGCAUGAAGUGCAACAAAACCAGCGGUCUAUUAAGAGGAAACCGAAUUUCAAAGCAAAUCUGUCGUCAUCACUCGACUGUCGCUGGACUACAAUUCGGAUUCUGAAGGAUAUCGCCACUCUGGUCGACAGUGUGGAACUCACUGGAUCCAAGGUCCAAGUGGGAAGUCUCACGGCAUGUGUCGUUGGAGGAGUGGCCGUGACACUGGGACUAGGUGCCAGUAUAACCGGAAUCGGGGCCAGUUUCGGAAUUCCGCUUAUCGUAGGGGGAACUACAAUUGGAGGCGGCGGCGCUAUUGGUUCCUUGGCAACUAAUGUGGUUGAAUAUAUAUCGCGGAAAAGAAAUUUGAAGAGAAUCAACAUGCGACUUCAAUUAGACAACUUUCUAUCCGAGCAACUGCUUACGAUGGCCAACAGAGCGAAACAAGACCACACAAUUGCAACUGCAUGGGAUCUCAGUUUCCUGAAUGCAUUAGGCUUCGCGUGCGUUCUGCCAAAUGUGGCCAAAAUUGGAGUGACGUCACUCGCUGGUGUGAGAACAGUAGCGGUGGUAGGAUCAGGAGUUGCAAAGGCGUCGUUAGCUGGGGUUGGAAUUGUCUUUUCGGCCGCAAUGAUUCCAAUUGAUAUUGUGCAGCUUGUUCACAACACAUUAAAAGUGCACUCGAAAACGCCAUCGAAGCUAGUAGAUGAAAUAAGAAACCUAGCCGAGACUUUAGAAGUACAGCUGAAGCUAUUCUACCAGCAGUUGGAUCUUUUCCAACUUGUAAACUGCUACUCGCGACUGCCUUUGCCAAGUAUCGAAACUCCGCCUUACGACGAAACGUACGUUCAACACGACUCGCCGACAGAACACGAUGAAUGCGAAGUUGAAGAUUUGUUAUUACGAAAAGGAAGUCUGGAUGAUUCUGUCGCAAGUUCAACUGUGAAUAAAUUAUUCAAAAUAAACGCUACCGAAGGAAAUAGUUCAGAGUCUGAAAAAAUAGACAAAUCAACUGUAAAUAGUACUUAUUCUGAAGAAAACUUUGUUUUUGUUUGCGAAGAGAACGAGAACGAAUUCGACGAAGAAAUAUUGAAUCGUAGCAGCUCGAUUUCAGUCGGAAAUAGCAGUCGGCCAAAUUCACUGUCGUCUAACGGCGACUUGUUCAAAUCAAUGUGGCUUUAUAUGUGUAUAGACCCGAUGUUUUCAGACGAGUUUCACAUGAUUCACGAUUUGGGUGAUAUAAGCGGCGAACUACUUACAUAUGAGAAAGUGAAAACUUGGGGACGCAUUAUUUUCCAAGGGAUGGGUGACGAACCGCCUCCGGAUGUUUUGGAUGUUGUAAGAAAUGAAUGGCAGGUGUUAUAUGAACCAGAAAUGGACUGCGAAAAUAUAGAAAUUGAAGAAAGUUUUGUGUCAGCAAUACCCAAUUCUUGUGUCUGCUAAUUUGCAAUAAUUUGGAUGAAAAUGAAAUUAUUAGAAUUCUUUGUUAAAUGAAAGACUAGCUUUAAUGUAAAUUUUAGCCAAAUUUUAGAUCUAGUGCUCAACGGUUGCUUUUUUAUCAUCAAAUUAGGUGCCCUUUCCUUAAUAAAUCUAGACAUCUGUUCAACUAUUCAUCGAUUUAUUUUACACUCUGCAGUUUAUAUUCGUAUCAGUCCUUUUGGUUACAAGUUAACGCUUCAAACUA